UGGGGCACCCACUGGAGGGAGAAGCCAGGCCAAAGACCCGGGCCCGCCAUGGCCUUGGCCCUGAGGCCACCGCGGGUUCCCAAGCCCAAGAGCAGCCUGCUCUCACACUACCACGAGAGCUUCCUGGAGAAGAAGGGACCCCGAGACCGGGAUUACAAGAAGUUCUGGGCAGGCCUCCAGGGCCUGACUCUCUAUUUCUACAAUAGCAAUCGGGACUCCCAGGUAAGGAUGGAAAUGAAGGCUCAAGAAUUGGCCCACCUUGGCCCCAGGGACCAAGCAGAGGACGUGGAUGGUAUGUCUAAGACAGGGGGCCUGAGGGGCCACAGGCCUGGUGCUCAGACCCUGUCUACUGUGCCCCCAGCAUGUGGAGAAGCUAGACCUAGGAGCGUUUGUGAAGCUCACAGAUGAAGCUCCCUGGGGGAGCUCCCAUGACCCUGGCACCCACUUUUGCUUGGUCCUGCAGAACCAGGAGAUCAAGUUCAAGGUAGGUCUCUUAAGGUGGGGCUGGUAGGAGACCCUUCUUGUCGCACCCACCAUUAACACAUACUAGCAUGGAGUCACACAAAGUUUACCACUGGGUUGGUGACACUGGGCAAGUCACUUAACC